CUGACGUCAGCUGGCAGCCUGGGCUGUGCUCGCCGCUCCGGACAUAGCGCCGAGAAAAAUGCUGCUCUCCGUACCGCCAAGGGCAGGAAUCAACCCAUACAACGGCUAUAACAGCAGAAACAGCAAAAAGCAGGCCUAUGUGUCCUCCGGCCAUCAGAUGGCGCCCCCCAGUCCCAACACCAACAGUAGCAGCAAUAGCAGUGGGGGAGGGGAACAGCUGAGUAAAACUAAUCUCUACAUCCGCGGCCUCCAUCCAGGGACCACAGACCAAGACCUGGUCAAGCUAUGCCAACCGUAUGGCAAGAUUGUGUCGACCAAGGCCAUCUUGGACAAAACAACCAACAAAUGUAAAGGAUAUGGCUUUGUGGACUUUGAUAGUCCAGCAGCAGCACAGAAAGCUGUUACAGCUCUGAAGUCCAGUGGGGUCCAGGCUCAGAUGGCCAAACAACAAGAGCAGGACCCCACCAACCUCUACAUCUCCAACCUGCCAGUGUCUAUGGAUGAGCAGGAGCUGGAGAGCAUGCUCAAGUCCUUUGGCCAGGUCAUUUCCACACGCAUCCUCCGAGAUGCUAACGGGACCAGCCGCGGCGUGGGAUUUGCCAGAAUGGAAUCCACGGAGAAGUGCGAAGCCAUAAUACAGCAUUUCAACGGCAAAUUCAUCAAGACUCCACCGGGAGUGCCUGUGCCCACAGAGCCCUUAUUAUGUAAGUUUGCAGACGGAGGCCAGAAGAAGAGGCAGAACCAGGGGAAGUACCUCCACAAUGGAAGGCCCUGGGCUAGAGAUGGAGAUGCUGGAGGAAUGACGCUUGCGUAUGACCCCACAGCCUUACAAAAUGGCUUCUACUCCUCACCCUACAGUCUGGCUCCAAACCGAAUGAUCGCCCAGACUUCCCUCUCACCUUACAUGCAUUCUCCUGUCUCAUCCUACCAGGUACACAGCCCGUCCUGGAUGCACCAUCAGUCAUACCUCAUGCAGCCAGCUGGUACAGUUCUUACCCCAACAAUGGAUCACGCCAUGUCCAUCCAGCCCACAUCCAUGAUGGGACCUCUUGCCCAGCAGCUAAGCCACCUGUCCUUGGGCAGCACAGGCACAUAUAUUCCGGCCAACACAACUAUGCAGGGGACCUACAUCCCCCAGUACACCCCAGUGCCUCCCUCCAGUGUCCCAGUAGAGGAAAAUGGUGGUCAACAGCAACAGGUUGCCAUGGAGACUCCCGCAGAACACACAAACUACUCAUACCAACACACCAAGUAAAGCUAAGCUCCAGCAGGGUGGGGCCGAGGGCACGAGAUGAAUCCAACCGAACAGGAUUCAGCUGGAAGAGAACUGUGCUCCAUGACAUCACCAAGCACCCGGACUUGAACAUGGAUAACAAAAGGAACAUGUGUGUGCGUGCGUCUGUGUGUGUGUGUGUGUGUGUGUGUGUGUGUGUGUGUGUGUGUGUGUGUGUGUGUGUUUG